UGCAAUACUGUUACCAUGGCGACAACGGCCCCUCCCUCUCUCCUCCUGCUCUGCUGGCUGCUCCGAACAGCCUGCUCCGCGUUCCCCGAGGAACCGGGCCCUUUAAACUUCAUCCCCACUGAAGUGUCAAGACGCUAUCCGGUGUUCCUGGGCCGUCCGCACCACACGUGGCAGAGACAAGAGCCUCUACAUAUCCAGAGGGUCAUCCAAGUCAACCGAACGCUCUACAUUGGAGCCAGGGAUGACCUUUUCCGCGUGGAGCUGGACAUUGCCGCCGCAGAUGAGAUGUUCUACAGCAAGAAAAGAACAUGGGAGUCCAACAAGAACGACAUCAGGAUCUGCAGGAUGAAGGGCAAGCAUGAGGACGAAUGUCGGAAUUUCAUGAAGGUACUCCUCAGUAGGCCCGGUGGCCUGUUUGUGUGCGGCACCAACGCUUUCAACCCGCUCUGUGCCAACUAUACCGGGGACACUCUGGAAAUGGUCAGUGACCCCGUCAGCGGAAUGGCCAGGUGCCCUUACGACCCCAAACACGCCAACGUGGCCUUGUUUGCAGAGGGAAAUCUGUUUACGGCCACCGUGACGGACUUCUUGGCCAUUGACGCGGUCAUCUACCGGAGCCUCGGAGACAAUCCGGCUCUUCGCACCAUCAAGCACGACUCCAAGUGGUUCCGAGAGCCUUUCUUCGUCAGUGCUGUGGAGUGGGGCCCUCACAUCUACUUCUUUUUCCGAGAAAUCGCCAUGGAGUUUAAUUACCUGGAAAAGGUUGUGGUGCCCCGUGUGGCCCGGGUGUGUAAGCGCGACCGGGGCGGAUCUCAGCGCGUGCUGGAGAAGCAGUGGACGUCCUUCCUGAAGGCCCGACUCAACUGCUCCGUGCCGGGAGAUUCCCACUUCUACUUCAACAUGCUGCACUCCACAAGUCCCGUCAUUAACAUGCACGGCCGUGACAUCAUCCUCGGCGUCUUCUCCACACCGGCAAACAGCAUCCCCGGCUCGGCCGUGUGCGCCUUUGACAUGGAGCAGUUGGCCGCCGUGUUCGACGGCCGCUUCAAAGAGCAGAAGUCAGCCGAGUCCAUUUGGACGCCCGUUCCCGAUGAAGUCAUCCCCAAGCCGAGACCCGGAGGUUGUGCCGUUCAGGGUUCCAAGUUCAAUUCGUCCAACUCGUUCCCGGAUGAGAUGCUUAAUUUUGUCAAGACGCAUCCGUUGAUGGAUGAGGCCGUCCCAUCACUUGGACAAAGGCCGUGGAUAGUCAAGACCAUGGUCAGAGGUGCAACACUGGAUGUAGGUUUAAAAACAAGGUACCAAUUGAAUAAGAUUGUGGUGGAUUCGGAAGCCGGACCGUACAGGAACCGCACGGUUCUGUUCUUGGGCUCCAGCCGGGGGACCGUCCUCAAGUUUCUCAUCAUGCCCAACCAGGACAACACGGUCACCAGCAGCAAUAUCUUCCUGGAGGAACUGGAGGGCUUCAACCCUGAAAAGUGCGCCGGUGACUCUCCGCAGGCCAGGCAGCUGUUGUCUCUGACUCUGGAUCGAGCGAGUCACACGCUCAUCUUGGCCUUCCCCUCCUGCGUGGCGCGAGUGCCCGUGGCACGCUGCCAGCUUUACUCGCGCUGCAUCAAGAACUGCAUCGCCUCCAGGGACCCAUACUGCGGCUGGACCAGAGGAAGCACCUGCUCUUUCCUGCGCCCCGGAACCAGGCUGCCGUUUGAACAAGACAUCGAGCAGGGAAACGUGGCUCACUUGGGCGACUGCGACGGAUUACUGAAAGAGACGUUCAUCAAGGAGCCAGACGGACUGGUGUCGGUCAACCUGCUGGUGGUAUCGGCCGUUUCGGCGUUCGCCACGGGCGCGCUCUUCUCCGGUCUCGCCGUCUGUUGGAUCAUGAGUCACCGCCACCGCCACGGCCGAGGAUCCGGCGCCAAAGGGGCCCGCCGCAAGAGCGACAAGGAGCAAAGCGUGCUCGGGCCGGCCCGCGCCGGCUCGGUGAUGAGCGUGACCAGGACCGGCGGCGGUGGCGGCGAGCGGCGCGACUCUCUGGCGGACAACCCGUUCGUCACGGCCAACGGGUGGCCCAAAGGAGACGUGGAUCCGGGUUUGCUUCCCACCCCCGAGCAGACGCCGCUGCAGCAGAAACGAGUCGUGCGCCUGCCCGACCCCGACUGGGACCGGAGCCAGACCUUCCUCACGGCCCUCGGGUCCCCUUGCCCCAACAACUCGGUCAUCUACCUGAGCUCCAAGUUCCUGCAGGGAAGCGGAGGCGGCGGCGGGAUGGUCCGGAUCGACGAGCCGGGCGAGGUUCUGUUGCCCCCGCAUGCCGAGCGCCAACGCUACCUGAUCCUUUCUGCCCAGCGGGGCGGGAACGGCGGGGGUGGCGGCGGCCGUCCGGCGGGCGCUCUGAGGAGCUCGGCGGGGGACUACAUCUACCCGAGCACACCGCAGGAGUCUCCGGACCGGCGGCGGGUGGUCUCGGCGCCCACCCCCCACAUGGACUACGGGGAGCCUCGCUGGAGCCACGAGACGCUCAACUACAACGGGGUGUCGUACCACCCCCAGCGCCAGGGGCUCAUCCGGCCGGAAAUGCACGGCCAUCGAGGGGGGCUCGGACAGCUGGCCGACUACAGCCACCUUCUGGUAAAGAGCGAGCGAACCCCUAGUGGCCAGUGAGGGAAUUGAAAGCUCUCUGACCGACUUGUUCCCUCCGGUGACUGGAAGAAACUACCCCCCCCCUCCACCCCCCCACCCUCUUACAACCACAAUCAGCCCUUACUUUCCCUGCCUGUCCCUUCUCGGCGUCAUUCAACCUUCUGAUGUCAUUCAGCUGACUGAAGAGAGAGAAGCGAAGCGAAAAGGGACACUUGAACUCAAAGGUGCCCUUUUCCUCCGCCGUUUGACGCAAUUCUCACUCCGCCGGUUGUGUCGAGGAGUCGGGGGGGUGCUCAAGGAAGCGCAAUCUCGGGGCAAAAUGACAGCGUGGAGACAAUGAUGGACGCUUUGGACUGGCAGAGGCACAAUCGGGGAUGGCUCCCUUCACCGCCGUGUAUAUUUUACUUUUUCGUGCUUUUCUCGCCCCUCCCCUCGCCUCGCCCACACUUUGGCUACGGGAGGUGCGCGUGUGUUUGUGUACGCCAGUGCGCUUGUGCGUAAAUGUUUUCGGGGGGUUGAAGCGAUUAGCCGGCAACUUUACCGCUCCCCAAACGCGUUUGAAGCUUGAAGUCAGUGAAUCGGCAACUCCCCCGCCGACGGUUCCCGAGCGGCAAACAAGCAGCGGGCCUCAAACGUUUCAAUAAUAUUAAUAAUGAUAAUAAUAAUAUAUAUUAAUAUUAUAUUAAUAAAAAUAAUAAUAAUAUUUCAAGAGACUGGCAACACGUGUCACUCGCAAACGAUGCAAGUCUUUCAACGGCCGUGUGACCGGGCGCUAGCUAACGCUAGCUACCUAGCAAUCCGCGCAACGCGGAAAAGAGAGAAUCGCGGCGAGCGGCGGAUGAUCAGCAUUCUCUUUAGUGUAAAAAUGAACGGUGAAUGUCGGCCGUAAUCGCGGCAAAACCCGACAGCGUUACGCUAAAGCGCACGUAGCGAGUUGGCGUCGUCGAUUAGUUUACCAAGUGUUUACACGUGAGUGGCGUGUGAGUACCUUCUGACGUUUGGCGACAUCAGCGAGGGAGGAAAAAAUCAACAAUUCAAUCCUGACUGGCUUGCCGCAUGUUCUGAACUCCCGCUUCCAUGUCAGGAAUGUAGAAGCGGUCGGUCAUAGUUGCCAAAGUUCAAAUUGCAGCUCAACUUCCUUUGCUAUUUCGACAAUAGCAUCGAGCUAAUCUGCGAUGCCGUCGUUAUUUCGAGACAUCGCUCAUCGACAAUUUCUUCCACCCAAAUGAAUUCUUGGCAAUCGAUUCAUGGAAUCAUCUGUUUUGAGUAUUUACCCCCCCCCUCCCCCCCGCAGGGAAGAGGUAAAAAAAAACCCUCGCGACGAGCCAUCCGGGGUGAGCUUGUCAUACCCGUUGAAAAGCUUCAAAUGCGCCAAGGAGAGCGAGAAUGAGCAAAAAUAAAACCAAUUAAAAAAAAUUUCCAAUCUCGUGAGCCGCGGCCGUCCGCCGCCGUCUGACUCGGGCUGCUCGGGAGCUCCGUUCAGGCCGCUCGUCGCCAACACUGAGCCUCUUUGUGCGCUAGCAAAUAGCCGUUAAGAGUUAGCGAGCGCGACUCCCGGAAUAUCAAUGAGGACGACGGGCAAGCCGAUCCGUCCGUCUUGGGAGAUAAGACGGGACGUAGCCCAGCCAAUAUCUGAAGCACUGAUCUCCAUUUGCAACCUAAUAUCUGUUUCAUGAAGAAAUUACUUCAAUGUCUUCCCCUUCCGUUUCGUCUCUUCGUUUGUUCGCGUUUCUCUUCGCCCAACUGCUUCAGGUGGAUUUUAACCUACUCAGAUUUCGGCCUCCGUGUUGCCGUGUCGAGUUUCUAAUCUGCCAAGGGAAUUUCUGAAAAAUUCACGCCGGCCCGUAAACUUAAAACAACAGUGGUGCUUUGAGAUAUGAGCGAUUGACACUGCGACCAUGUUCUCAAUUUUUUUUUUUCCUUUUGAAAUGAAGUCAUUCAUUCAUUCAUUCAUCUUCCGAGCCACUUGAUCCUCACUAGGGUCGCGGGGGGUGCUGGAGCCUAUCCCAGCUGUCUUCGGGCAGUAGGCGGGGGACACCCUGAACUGGUCGUCAGCCAAUCACAAGGCACACAGAGACGAACAACCAUUCACGCUCACACUCACACCUAGGGACAAUUUAGAGUGUUCAACCAGCCUGCCACGCAUGUUUUUGGAAUGUGGGAGGAAACCGGAGCACCCGGAGAAAACCCACGCAGGCCCGGGGAAAACAUGCAAACUCCACACAGGGAGGCCGGAGCUGGAAUCGAACCCGGUACCUCUGCACUGUGAAGCCCAUGUGCUAACCACUAGACUACCGGGCCGCCCCUGAAAUGAAUUCAAACACAAUGAAUCAUUUCCAUAUGGAAAAAUGCACUCAACAGUAUUGUCCUGUAUAAAAACACACAGAAAUAACAUUUGCGUAAACCAAUUAAUGUACCUAAUGAAAUGUCCUUUUGUUCUUCCUCCACGGGGUCUAUCGGCGCUUGACAAAACGAGCCGAAUGGUGCAUUGCCGUGACCCGGCAUGGAUUUAUCUAGAAUUGAUUUACAACGUGGCCCCGCGUGGCUUAAGCAAGAGCAUUUCAUAGUUCAUGGUUUUGACAUAAUGCAGACAAAUCUUUGAAUAGCACUCGGAGCUAUUUGUUAGCCUUAAAAGAGAACAUUCAUCAGCGCAUUCUUCCCGGUAGCGCUCAUCUCAGACUUAUUGGUACAAACGUGCGCAACACACUUUGGCAUUUUUGAGAGAAAAUCAUGUAAAAAAAAAAAAAUGCUGCGGAGAAAUCAAAGUAUUCAAGUUCGGUGAGCUUCGCGAACGGCAAUGCAAGAUGGCCGCCAGUGGCUUCACUUCGCGCUUGGGCAAGUAAUCGGUAUUUUCAGUCUGUCGUCACGCUCGUAUGGGAUUACGUAUUAUUCGGUUUUGUAAAAUAAUCUGAUUUUAAAUUCAUCCUUAAAAACAAAUGCGAACAUGGCCGCUGGUCCUCGAUGACGUCUGCAUUUUUUAAUUUUUAUUUUUAUUUUUUGUCCCGACUGUUUGGUUAGCUAAACUUGUUACAGCCAACCAAAAAAAAAAAAAAAAAAACAAUUGUGCACGCAUUAAUACGUUCAGUCAUCAAAUUCUCGGUUUCAAGAUCACUCAGAGGUGGAAUAAAUCGGGUAACCGACGUGUGGAUGCAGUGGCUUGCGAGGACUCGCCGUCGCGCUGCUUGCCGUCAUCCCUUGUGGCUUCGCCACUCAGCUCGCGCUCGUAACAAAGGAGGCAUGCAGACGACAGAUGGCUACUCGGUUUGGGUCUGGAGGCUCUCGCCGCACUCCCUGAUGGGUUUAUUUUUUUGUGUGUGUGUUUAUUUUUUUUAUUUUAUUUUUUCUUUUUGUCUGGUUUCCAUCUUUUCUUGCUUCUCUGGAGACCGAUCGGUUAAUCUAGGUCGCGACGGUGCAUGAUGUCCGUUCCUUUGUUUGCGUGGCCGUUAUUACGGCGCACACGUGGAGCGAGGCUCUGAUGAUGGACACGAUUCCUUUAUCUCCCCCCCCCCCCGCUUUUGUGUUCCAACCCCAUUUCCCGAGUCAUUGACGUCAUGCAAGGUCCCAGCUGACACCCAAGUCGUGCCUUGCCAUCAUCGAUCCGUAGAGGUAAACGAAUGGCGCGUCCUACCAAACGCUGGUAAACAAUUAGAAAUGGUGGAUCAUUCGAAAAAAGACGAAGCCUCUUGUUGACAUGGCAACUUUUAUUCGUAUAUUUUGCGGGUAGUGAUGGAAGUUGUUUCAUCGGCGUUGGCAAAUUAGAGUCAGAAAUGUAUUUUUGGCUCUCAUUUUCAAAAAUGCCUUUUGUCGAGGCCAUCAGGGUUUUGAGAUAAUUUUCUUCUUUUUGUUUGUUUCUUUUUAAACUUGACCCAUAAAAGCUUGCGCAAUAUGUGGCCAUCCAUAGCCAUUAUGUUUCUUUUUUUUUUUUUUUUUUGAAAUCCCACAGUGAUGCCGAAACUAUUAAAUAUCACAAAAUAUUUGACUAUAUUACAUGAAUAUUAUGAUGUAUCAUAAUUAGUAUUAUUGUGCAAACCUGAUGUGGAACAGAAAAAAAAAAAAACAAGGGCGGAUCCUGAAUCGGCACAAAAAGAAAAAGUCAUCUCGGCGUGUUUACUUUUAAAAUGCAGUUGAUAAUUUCGACCGCAAUAACGUGUAAAAAGUCAACCCACGGAACAAACUGUGAUUUUAUUUGUUUUUUUUUUUUUUUUUAAGAAAACUACUUUCCCUGAAAAAAAAAUUCUAUCUACAGUAUUUUAAUGCAGACUGGCUCUAAAUAUUGUGUGCCAAAGAGAACAAACAAAUUCAUUUAACUCAUUCAGUACCAGGCAAUUCUAGACCAAAUCUGAAAAGACGUUUAAAAACGUCUUUGGGAGUGAAUGAGUUAACAGGUACUAUGAAGUACCAAGUACACACAUGAUUUGCUUUAUUAAAAAAAAAUAACGUGGCAAUCAUUAAGUAUCCCGACAUUAGACACCCGUUUGAACAAACCACGAAUAUCCAUUUUUUUAAAAUGAUUUUUCUUUUCUUUAAAUUUUCAAGGUCCCUCCCUCUCUUUGAACGCCAAAGACCAUUUUCCUCGAGUAGCGGGGGGUGUCUCGAGAGCGGCGCAGCAAAUAGCCGACGGCGCCGUCUAAGAAGGAUGAAAGCGAGGGCAGAGGAGGAAGAUGAGGACGAGGUCACGCGGGGCCACCAUGUUAAAGUCGCGGCAUUAGCAUUCGAAGCAGGUCAUUAGCGUCGGAGCGCUCGCCCCCCCCCCCCCCCCCCCUCGAGUGUCAACGAGGCGUGCUCGGCCACCCGUGUCCCGCUAAACAUGCCUGAUUAGCUCCGGUACGAGAAAAUCACUGCCGUCAUGUCGCCUUCCCUGCCUCGAGAGUGACCCGCCCGCGCCCAUCGUUGGAGAAGCUCCCGUCGCAACACCAGUCACAUAAAAACGCACACGCACGAAAAAGGGCCACUUGCACGUUGGAAUUUUGUUUCGGCACUGAAAAGCAAUCGAGAAAAUAGACCCGGCGGACCGCUGUUUUCUGUGACUCUACCCGUCUCUCUCAUUUUUUGCUUUGGAGACUUUCCUUGCCAAUCCUAUUGAGAAUGAGUACAAAAAGAAAAAUGGCGGUUUGGGGCUAACAAUGCUCUAAAUAAAGGGAAACUCUGGACACUUUUUUUUUUCUCUCUAUUGUCGACUAAAAUUGAUGUCAAAGUGCCCUCGGGGUCGCAUUACGAACGUCACAUGACCAAUCCCAGUCAACAAGGGGAGCCGUGACGCUCGCCGGCAUCUACGAUGCUUUGAAAUGCAUCGUGUAAGUCUAUUUUAGUUUUAGUUUUAGUUUUAAACAUAAGAGUGGCGGUGACGAUCAACGACCCCCCCAAGUAUUGUUCACUAUUUGACAAAAUGCUCUUUCUUAUCAAAUGAGUACAUUUUUGCCCACAAGUCAAAGCAAAAAAAAAAACCCAAGUUGAGUUCUGCUCAUGUCAUAAAACUUAAACAAGUCAGGACAUUCUUAUCUCAAGGCGGCCACUGUGUUUGUAUUUGAAUGAAGACACGCCCCUUCACGCCGCCAUUUCCUUUUCAUCCUCAUCCGCUUGCCACCACCUGCCUGUUCCCUCGUAUUUUGUCGUAGCCCCGCAAAUGCUUUUGUUGUCGCGAAAAUCUCUUUUGUGUUCACCAAUUUGACAGGGCAGGGGCAAAGGCUGUUGUGCGCAAAAUUGCUUUUCUUGUACGCCAACAAAACACACAUGAUGGUCUUGGCCGCACCUGUUGCUAUUGAUCAGCUUGUGUGCUGUUGUUGUUGUUCACGUGUCGAACCUUAAAAAAAAAAGUGGGAUGAAAACCACCUACACAAAAUCGGGUCAGAGUCAAUUGAUGACGUCACUGAUGUUUUUUUUUUUCAAACUUAGCCGGUUGUCACGUAAAGACAAUUCAAAAAUCGAGCCCUAUGGCCUCUUUUCUGAAGAAGCAUUCACGUGCUGCUCAAAUGCUGCUUGUUGAGAAGUGAGUUGCGUUCACGGCCGUCAUGCUGCGCUUGUAUCUCAAAUGUUUGUUUGGCAAGUCAAAGAACAACAACAACAAAAAAAAAAAACUCGCCACUCGUAUUUCAAAGCACCACUGUAUGUCUCCAAAACCAAUUGAAUGGGAUGUAAAAUCGAGUCGGAGUCAAUUGAUGAUGUCAUUGAUGGGGUUUAUAUAUACAUGAUGAUUUGCGCGUGUGUGUGUGUGUUUGUGUGAGAGAGAAAAAAAGAGAGAAUCGGAGGUGUUGUGGGAUUGUGUACAUGCGAGCACGACAGGAAUUCCCAAACAGUCAGAUGUUUUUUUUCAAAGUGUAAAGUUAUUUUUAAUCGGCACUGAUCGCCUUUUUUUUGUCAUGUUUGUUUUUCCGAUACUUUGUGAAAUGGCGUGGAAUUUGAUUACGAUUCUUCUGUUGAUGUACGCUUCAGUGGGACAAUGAAGGUGAAGACUAUCAAGUUAGGGUUCGACAAUGAAGUUCAAUGAGGGGCGGUCACGCAGACCUGAGGUUUAAAAAAAAGGGGGGAGCCUCUGUGACGCCCCGCCCCCAGCUGUCAAUCCCGUGACAACCGACCACGUGUACAUAAUUUGAUUCUUUUUGUGUAACUUAAGUGCGGUAGCUGCAUGUCCACACAGCCUCUGUUUGUGCGCGUGUACAGAGUUAGCCACGCGUGUGAAUUUGUACCGUACGUUCGAGUGCGUGCUGCUCAUGUCCGCAUACGUCACACGCGCAUGCGCCAUCCCGCAACUGCGUUCCACACAUUUGCACGACAUUCCCUGACAACGCUACACGUCAAACGACACGACACCACAUCACCAAAAAAGCAAAACAUGACAUGACAGUACUUUACGUUACAAUAGAUUACACCCCAUUAUUUGGACACCACACCGCCUCACAUUACGCGUUAAAUUGCAUAAUACAAUCACACUCCAUGACACUCGACGACACGACGUCGCACAUGACACAACGCUGCAUUACAUUACAUGUGACCAAAUGUGACGCAACACCGCCCCACGUAACAUUACAAAACAACAAACCGCACCACGCUACGCUACAUGGCAAAAAUAUGAAACAAUGUUUCUCUGUGUUAUUUACAUAUAACAAAACAUUACACAACACUGCACCGCAUUGCUAAUGCUACGCGUUACCCUGGAUUACAAUCGACCAUACGUCACCACACUGCAAAAAAAAAAACAACUACAGGACAUUCAUGACAUGACAAACAUUUGUGCACCGUUCCCCAUAUUGCUCUGCCUGUCACUCCACAUGGAGAUUCGACUCUUGUCAGUUUUUCUUAUUCUAAAUAAAACCACUCGGACAUUGAGCCUUUUUUUGUCUUCGUCAAUCUCGAUCAGUGUACGCAAUAAACAAAGUAUAUAACA